CUCUCUGGUCUCUUUCCUGCACUAGAAGCCAUGGCUGCUGCGAAUCCAGCAAAAACUCUCCAGGAUGAAGUGACCUGUCCCAUCUGUCUGGAGUAUUUUAAAGAUCCGGUGUCUCUAGACUGUGAUCACAGUUUCUGCCGAGCCUGCAUCACCCAGUGCUGGGGGGGAUUCGAUACAGACGUCUCCUGCCCUCAGUGCAGAGUGACUUUUCCCCAGAGGAACCUCAGGCUGAACAGGCAGCUCAGGAAUAUUGUGGAAGCAGCCAGAGAACUCAGGUUGCAGUCAGGGAAAGAACCAGAACAAGAGAGACUGUGUGAGAAACACAAGGAGCCUCUAAAACUGUUCUGCAAAGAGGAUGAAAUCCCCAUCUGCCUGGUGUGUGACAGAUCCAAGCAACACAGAGAUCACACCGUCAUUCCUGCAGAGGAAGCUGCUGAAGAAUUCAAGGAAAAGAUUCAGGCCCAUUUGAAGACUCUGAGGGAAGAGAGAGAAAAGCUGCUGGGAUGUAAAGUGAGCGGAGAGAAGAGAAAACAGGAAUAUCUAAGAAAGACACAAAUGGAGAGGCAGAAGAUUGUGUCUGAAUUUCAGCAACUGCGGCACUUCCUGGAGGAACAAGAGCGGCUCCUGCUGGCCCAGCUGGAAAAGCUGGACAAGGAGAUUGAGGAAAUACAGAAUGAAAAUGCCACUAAACUCUCUGAGCAGAUUUCCCAUCUCAGUGAGCUGAUCAGUGAGCUGGAGGGGAAGUGUCAGAAGCCAGUGAGUGAAUUCCUGCAGGAUGUCAGAAGCACCCUGAGCAGGUGUGAGAAAGGAAAGUUCCAGCAGCCAGUGGAGAUUUCUCCUAAACAGGAUAACAGACUCAGUGAUUUCUCCCAGAAAACUGUUGCUCUAAUGGAGACUCUGAGGAAGUUCAAAGACACUUUGCCGUCUGCACUGGAGACAAGAAGAGGGGAAUCCCUAGGAACAUUCAGACAGGCAAAUGUGACUCUGGAUCCAGACACGGCUCAUCCAGAACUCGUCCUGUCUGAGGACUGGAAAAGUGUGAGACGGGGAAACACACGGCAGGAUCUGCCCAAGAACCUUGAGAGAUUUGACACUGAGCCCUGUGUGCUGGGCUGGGAGGGAUUCACCUCAGGGAGACACUGCUGGGAGGUGGAGGUGGUUGCUGGGCGAUGCUGGGCUGUGGGGGUGGCCAGAGGGUCUGUGAGGAGGAAGGGACAGAUCAGUCGUAGCCCUGAGGGGGGGAUCUGGGCUGUGGGGCAGUGGGGGAGACACUUCCAAGCUCUCACUUCCCCUGUGACCCCCCUACCCCUGAGCCGGGCCCCCAGCAGGAUCUGGGUUUGUCUGGACUGUGACCGGGGGCAGGUGACAUUUAUCAAUGCUGAUGAUGAGGCCCCAAUCUUCACUUUCCUGCUGGGGUCUGUCCCCGGGGAGAGAAUCCAACCCUGGCUCCAGGUGCUGGGACCAGGAUCUGGGCUCAGAUUGUGUGCCUGA